GCGCGCCUGGCUGUAAAUGUUCAAUUGCGCGCGGCAUUUCUCGCCGAGGUGAAGCGAAGGGGCUCUGUGCAGGUAGGGUGGGGGGGAGUCCAUGCUUGAGGCGAUCGGGAGCGCUUCGCCCGCGGACGGGGCGCGGGGGGCGCGCGACUCCCCCAGCGUGCCCGUGGUCCGCGGGCGCGUUCACGCGCCGUUCAGCGUCCUGCUCUCGACGGCGCUCUACUGCGCCGAGUUCGUGUGCGCGGUCGUGCUCUGCAGCGAGUACAGCGAGAGCCUGGACCGGCUCUGGAUGGCGGCCACGCUCACGUUCGCGCUCGUGCACGCCUUCCUGACCCAGCUGGCGCUCACCUUCAUCCACCGGGACCUGGGCAGGGACCGGCCCUUCGUGCUCUUCCUGCACCUUCUGCUGCUGGGACCUGUCGUCAGGUGCAUAGAGGCCUUAGUGAUAUACUUCCAGGCGGGGAAAAAGGAGGAGCCCUACUUCACCAUUUCCAGGAAGGUCAAGCUGAAGGGAAGCCAAGGCACCCCCACGGAGAGGGAGAUCGGCCACUCGGCGCACAAGCUGGCCGCCCACCGCAACGCCUUCAAGCGUGCCGCCGUCAUCCAGGCUUUCCUGGGCUCCGCGCCGCAGCUAACGUUGCAACUGUACAUCACCAUCCAGGAGAAGUACAUGCUGCCUGCCAGAGUCGCCCUGAUUGUCAUCACCCUCCUCUCCAUCACCUAUGGCGCCCUGGUCUGCAGCGUGCUCGCCAUCCAGAUCAAGUACGAUGAGUUUAAGGUGCGCCUACGGCCGGCGGCCUACCUGUGCAUGGUGCUGUGGCGGGGGCUGGAGAUCGCCACUCGCACCGCCGCCCUGGUGCUCUUCAGCACGGCGCUGACAUACUGGGUGAUACCCGUGGGGCUGGGCAACCUGGCGCUCUUCUUUGCCCUGCCCUGGCUGUUGCUCUGGAGGAAGAAGGCCCCGCUUCCGGAUUCGGUAGAGAAAAGCUUGAGCAAAGCGGGAACCCUGGUGGCGCUGUGCCUGGUCACCUUCCUGUACGCCUGUAUCAACACCUUCUGCUACUCCACCAUCCAGCUGAACCUGGCCAGCUGGGACCUCAUUGAUAAGCACCUUAGCUGGUCCCAGAUGGCAGCGUACUACGCUUUCCGCUUUCUGGAGAACACUUUCCUCGUGGUCAUGUGGUACUUCUUCAGGUCCGACUUCUACGAGUACGUGUGCGCACCUCUGCUGGUGCUGCAGCUGGUCACUGGCUACGGAAUGGCCGUGGCCUUCAUGAUGAUCUUCUACCAGUACUGCCACCCGUGUCGUCACCUGUUCAGGCACAACGUGGCCGACUGUUUUCGCUGCGACUGCUGCAGGAAAGAUGCCGCUUCGCAACGUUCGACGCCGAAACCUUCCCCCAGCCUCGGCACUCGCUCUGCUGACUGUUGACACUGCCGUUUUCUGUUACGAGGGCAAGUCAAAAAGCAUCCGCACCGUAUUUAUCGGAAUGAAUAGAGAAAGAAUACAGAGUUCGCUUGAGCAGAAUUUUCCGACUUGGUCUCCUAGGUUGUUAGCACAGUGCAAAGCUGGACUGGCAUCUGUAUGCCCUCAAAAAAAAUUAAUUUUAGCUGAGCAAUGAGCCAGGCAUACACAACUUCCUUCAUCGCCUGGUCGAUGGGGAAUGGCCGACCUCUUAGGUCAACGGUCGGUCGUCCGAAGGAUCGAGGUUUGGACUCUACGGAGGAUGGUCUCAAACCUCAAACUUCAGUGCUGAAAGUUGGUAACGGAUCCGUGCUCCAGGUACACCUUUGGCCCACAAAAAAUGGAAAAUGCUAUGCUGCUCUUCUUUGGUGCAUGAAGACGGGAGGAACCACGUUAACAUUGACAUAACGCGCCAAGAGUUGAGCAGACCGGUGUGGGACCGUGUCAGAGCAACUUCGACACACCAAGCUUACACACACAUUCGAGCAACUGCCAGGACGGCGAACAGUAUAAAAAAAAUUUACUGCGGAUGCUUUUUGACCAACCGUCGUACAUCAUGCACACGGAUUGAUCGGGUCCCGUUUUGCGACUAUGGAUGUUUUUCGGGUGAAAUUAUGCACUGGUGGCUAUGCGCUCUUUCGGAAAUGGUUUUCUCAGGUCCGGUUUGGUCCUUAUGUUUGCAUUUAGACACCCAUGACCUCCUAGUGUUUUGUGCCAAUGGGGCAGCAGGUAGAAUACAGACGAACAACAUGGAGUUGCAGCCACAAAGCUGCCAGCCCCUCAAAACCCUUGAACACGGUGCUUACCCUGAAUGACUCCGGUGUAAACACCAAGCAGUGUACAUGGGUCAAAUACUGUAUGUCACUUUGGCUGAAAAUGUAAGCUAAGCAACAGAUUGUUUUUGAUCAAUGUUCUCCUAACUUUUUAUACUGAUGUCAAUUAGUUUUCUGAAGAUUGUUCAUUUUUUUUUUUUUUUGCAUGUACCAGUCCAAAAAUGGGUGAUUAAUAGUGUAGUGGUAAGAGCUGCUGCCUUUGUGCCCAAGGGUCACAGGUUCGAAUCCCACCACUACCUCUAACAUCCUUGAAUAAGGAAAAAUUGCUCUAAUAAAACUACCCAGCUGUAUAAAUGGGUAAAUAAUUGUAAGUAGCUUAACACUGCGAGUUGCUUUGGAGAAAAGUGUCAGCUGAAUAAAUAAAUAUAAAAGCCCAACAACAAAUUUCAGUCUUCAAAGAGAGUAGUUACCAAUUUAGUUUUGAAAAGCAAUAGAGCAGUACAUUGUACAAACAUGGUUAUAUGCAGACCUCUAUAUAUGCCAACGGGACAGUAAUGUGUGUGAACGAGCACAAUAUUUACACUUUUUUUUUCCUCAGUACUGAACCAGAAAUGGUUUACAGUACAUCUGACUCAUUGUCUUCAGUGCCUUUUUUUUUUUCUAAGCUAACAAUGAAGACAUUCAUUGGGAGACGGCCUCUAAGAACACAAUACGAUUUUCCUUGUGAAGUGACUUUUCCAGCGAGUGCAAUAAACAUUUUCUAUGGAAACACCAUACUUUGCGAGGUUUCGUUUUUCAUCCAUUUCUGCAGAUGUCAAACCGCAUUUAUGAUUGACUUGAAUGACAAACAAUGGAAGUGCACCAGUAAAUGAACGAAGAAAUCUUAAACUAUUCCACAUGGAAGUAACGAACACGGUCCGGUGUUUUCGAAA